AUGCCGCCUGGACCGUUCCGUUGGCCCUUGAUAGGGAACACCCUUCAGGUGCCGCAAGUCCAUCCAUGGCUCACAUAUUCACGUUGGGCGCGUGUGUACGGUGACAUAUUUUACCUCGACGCUCUCGGUCAGCACAUCAUCGUGAUCAAUAGCGCCAGGGUUGCGCGGGAGCUGCUCGACAGACGAUCAUCGAUCUAUUCUGGGAGACCGCAUCUCGUAUGGGGGGACAGGAUGCUCAUCAUGCAACCUUACGGCGAUGAAUUACGGCAACAGCGACGGCUCAUAUCGCAGACCCUCAGUACCUCCACUAUCGGGCAAUACUAUGACAUUCAAGAAGCAGCCGCUCGCCGACUCGUACUCGGGGUCAUUGACAACCCUAGCUCUCUCGAAGGCCAGAUUAAGACGAACAUAGCGAGCAUUAUCAUGCUCGUGGUAUAUGGCUACACGGUCAAGGGCACGGAAGACAUGUUCGCUGAGAGGGCGAUCCAGGUCGUGGACAACCUCAGCCUGGCAGCAACGCCUGGAAUAUGCGCAAUCAAAUAUGUACCGUCGUGGAUGCCGGGGAUUUCGUCCCUCAAGACAGCAAAAGCGUGGCGCAAGCUACUUCAUACGACUAAUGGAAUGACGGCUCCUUGUAUUCUUUCUGGGGUGAUCAAUCAUGCUGCUUGUCUCCAGGAAAAUGGCACAGCGCACUUGCCUAAUCUAUGUGCGUCAGUCCUGUCAGACGCGGAGGGCAAGGCGACCCUUCAGCUGGAGGAAUCCCUUAAGUGGGUGGCAUUUUCCGUUCUAACAGGUGGCCUAGAUACUAACAUCUCGACAAUUAUAUCGUUCAUUCUAGCCAUGCUGCGUUUCCCAGAUGUGCAGAAGAAAGCACAGGCUGAGAUUGAUGCUGUAGUGGGAAGCGAGCGGCUUCCGCAAAUAUCGGACAGACCGUCGCUACCAUAUAUCCGAAGCGUGAUUGCUGAGACAUACCGCUGGCUUCCCGCUACUCCCCUAAGUGUCCCACAUGCACUGGACGAAGACGAUAUCUAUGACGGUUCCUUCCUGCCCAAAGGCUCGAUAAUUAUGCCGAAUGUGUGGCACAUGCUGCAUGAUCCUAAUAUCUACCCCGAGCCGGAUGCGUUCAAACCCGAGCGCUAUGGCGGUAGCGAUAUCGAGAUGAAGAAGGUGACAGACAUCGCAUUUGGAUUCGGCCGGCGCGCAUGCCCUGGAUUCUAUUUCGCUCAAGGCACAAUAUUUUCAAUUGUCGUGACCGUGCUGGCAACGUGCGACAUAGUGCCCAUCGUCGAUAAUCAUGGGCGAGAGAUUAUUCCCGAUGUCAGAUAUUCAACGAAGAUCAUACUUUGCCCUGAGGAUGUCAAAUGUACAUUUCGCCCACGGUCAGAGCAAGCUAAAUUGGCGCUCGUCGACACGUGUUCGGACUGA